UCCCGGGAGAGUACCAUAAUUAUAUGUAAUAUAAUAGCUUGUUAGUAUGAGCAAUAAUUAUAUUUACAAAACAAUGGCUGACUCACAGGACAGAGUGCACGUUAGAAAUCAACAAAUUAAGAGAGAUGAACUGAGAGUUGGUGACCACAUAUACGUCCAUGAGGCUGGAGGCAUCUUUAACAAACACGGAAUUGUUUACAAGAAGGAUAAAGACGAUAUAAAUGUGGCCUACUAUGACAAAAAGUCAGCUAGGAUCACUGCCUACUCAUUGGAUGAAUUCUUAGAUGGAAAUUGUAUUCGGCUACACGUUUAUGGGGUGUCCAAGAGUAGGAAACGGCUCACACGAAUUGGAAGUUGCUCAACAAGGAAAUGCGUAAUAUCACCAGAAGAGGUGGUACAAAAUGUACUCUACUACCUUGAACACCAAGAUGAAGUUCAAGUACAAACUCAUCGAAACCAAAGCGAAUCUUUUGCCACAGCAUGCACUAGUCGUACACUACUAGUUGUUGAGAAUCCAGUGUUUCCCACAACCGAUGAUUCUAAACACAGGGUGAGAUAUUUGAGUCACACAGUUCACCCAGACAACUUGAUACCAGGAGACCAUAUCUAUGCCUACAGAAAGUUGGGAACCUAUGCACAUCACGGUAUCUACAUUGGUAAGAACGAGUCGGGAAUACACAUCGUAAUCCACUUCACCGGAGAUCCAGGGACCAAGAAAUCAAAAGCCACGGCUAAAAUAAGGACAUCAACUUUGGAUGAAUUUUUGGAAGAAAAUGAACUGAAACUGGUAACCUACGACGAUAAUUCAACCAAAAGAAGCGGCACAUCACACACACAGGAGAGUCUGCCAGCUUCUCGAGUGGUAGAAAUUGCUGAGACUUAUGCUAUGAAUCCCGAUACAUGGAAGAAAUACGACCUCAUAACUAACAACUGUGAACAUUUUUGCCUUUUUUGCAAGACUAGAGAAAACGUUCACACCUACAGUGGCACUACAGAUCAAACUCGAAACAUGUGGGUGCUUCCUUUGGCUUAUGUGUACAAAGGGCUAAAAAAAAUUAUGAAAAAUUUUUGAACAAAAACCUCUCAUGCAUGCAGUGAACUCUAUACUUAUUAUAAUUACACACAAAAGUAAACUUACUAACUGUAUUAUAAUUAUAGUGAUUAAUUAAGGAGUAAACUGUUUGCUCUCAUGAAUAUUCGAUUUUUGUGUAUAAUGCCAUCAUAGAUUUUUGUAGCACAUAAUUAUACACAUGUACACGAUAAAUAUAUUG